CGGAGCGGCCGUGCGCCGAGGGAGCGCGGAGGGAGAAUGGCGCGGCCGGCCGCCGGGUGGCAGCUGCGCCUGGGGCCAAGGCCAGUGCUGCGGCUGCCCCUGCUGCUGGGCGUCCUCCUGCUACGCAGUGGAGCGGCGGCGGCGGCCGAGCCAUGCCAGGCGCCGCGGCAGUGGGAAGGGCGCACCGUGUUCUACGAGCAUGGCUCGGGCCGCAACACACGGGCCGCUGUCUCCUACGACGGCCUCAACCAGCGCCUCCGCGUCCUGGAGGAGAGGAAGGCGCUCAUCCCCUGCAAGAAGUUCUUUGAGUACAUAUUGCUCUACAAAGAUGCGGUGAUGUUUCAGAUUGAACAAGUUACAAAGCUUUGCUCAAAGAUUUCUCUGACAGAGCCAUGGGAUCCAUAUGAUAUUCCUGCCAAUUCAACUUAUGAAGAUCAGUACUCCAUUGGGGGACCUGGAGAUGAAGUUAUGGUACAGGAAUGGUCUGACAGGAAACCAGCCAGGAAAUGGAGGAGCUGUGCCACGUGCAACAAAGUAACGAAUUACUGGCAGUGGAAUCCUGGGUCGGCAUUUACACCGUCAAAGACUGUUACCCAGUACAGGAAACCUACACCAAGAACUACAGCGUGACAACCUCCACUCGCUUCUUUGACAUCCAUCCAGGCAUUGCAGACCCCUCCAUCUUCACCCCACCCAGCACCUGCCAGACAGCCCAACUGAUGAGGAUGAAAGAUGAAUGCUGAUUAUGGACACUGGCUGCCCUGUGCAAACACAUACUAGCCAAGAGGAUGGUUAUUAGUAGUCAGUUGUUGACAUCUAAGAUACUUUUUCAAGCUAAUUGUUGCUCUUUUUGGAAUUUGUAAGUUUUGAGAACAAACUUGAGAGAGAACAUAGGCAUAUAGCAGUAAAAUACAUAAAACAAAAGAUAUCUUUAGAUCACAUUAAUCUGCUCAGUGAAGCACUUGCAGUAUUAUAUAGUUACCAGUAAGAUAGCAUUUCUAGAUACUAUUUAUUUAAGGUUGAUUUUUCCUUUUGCAAAGAUUGCAUUUAUUUUUUCAAGAAGACAAAGCAUAAGCAGACAGCAGCAAUGGUACUGUCUAGAAGUAAAGCUAAAUUUUGUUGUCUUUUUUGUUGUUACUUCUGGAAACUUGAAGGGAAAGGUGACCUGUGUAAAACCUCAUCCCUAAGUAAAAAAUAUAAUUUUAAAUUAUAUGCAUCAAAAUUGUGUAAAUUUGUUGUUUCGGUUUUAUUUUGCUUUGUGUUCUGUUUUGGUUGUUUGGGUUUUUUUUCUCUCUGCUCUUCAGGAAGCUGAUAGUCAAUUUUUGAGCUAAGUUUUGUUCUUUCUGAAAAGAAACUGGAGUUUCUUUUCAUGUAAUGCUUGCUGACAUGCAAAAAAAUACUUUUCUGUUUCUUGGGAGAAUGGUGUGAAAGGAAGGGAAGGAGGGAGAGGUACACCUUCAAAAAGAAGUAAGCCGAAGUUUUUAUGCAUCUCCCUUUUGGAGAAGGCUUCCAGUGGUGUGUAAUGAGACAAUUUUCAGUCACAUUUUACUUCAGCACUCACUUUUCAAGGCAAUACUAGUUUUAACCUAUGCAAAGGGAUUAAACAGUACUGCACUCUAAACUGCUUUAAUGUUUUGUAACUACUUUCAACAGUCUUUAGUCAGGGUGUGGAAACACCUUUAUAAUUCCAGGGAGGUUUGAAAAAAAAAAAAGCUGUUCUUCGUACACAGUUAGUAAAGGCUGAAUCUACAUUCACACAGUGUUUGGUGGUUGGGAUGGAGAGAAAGACAGAGCCUGGGACCUGUUAGAGAGGUGGGAAGGAGGAAUGGGAGAGACAGGUUUUAGAUGUCCUCUCUGCAGUGUGGCAGCAAGACACUGAAAUCUAAGCAGACAUGACAAUCUUGCUUUCUUUCGCACCCACUCCGUUGAAGCCUGUUUUAUUUCUUGUUUCAUCAGCAUUUCAAUCUUAAUAUCUUCACAUAACCAAAAAGUCCAUGGAGUGCAUAUAUUUUGCAUUAGAAAAUUCAAACUAGACCUUCAUGCACCUUUGAGAUUCUCAGAAGUGUGAUGAGUUUUACACUUUUACCGAAUUAGAUUAACUGAUUUAUUUUGUAAGGUAUGUAUUUUAUUUAUUACUUGAAAAUAAAUUUAAAGACAGAUUCUUGUCCUCUUACACAUGUUGAGUAGUUGUUUGUUCCAGAAGUCAUCUGGCUGUAAACAAAUGUAAACAUUGGGAAGUCUGGUAUCUCCAGAGGAGAGAUGCUGGGAAGGCUUUUAGUGUUUUUUAUUCUCAUAGCUUUUUGUAUGUAAGCGAUACAGUGGUUGUAUUUCUUUCACAGUCAUGGUCAGAAUGGCAUUUUACUUUGCCCCAUGCCUAAUGGAAGCAUAUAUAAUACUGGUUAAAAUUUAUCUAGUUCAUUAAAAAUUUCUCUUGGAGAGGGCUGUUUCACUGAAACACACUAAUGAAAAGAAGGAUUGGGUUUCCUUGAAUUUAAGGUGCACUUAUUGUGUAUUUGCCUUGUGUAUCUUUUGUGUGACACUCUAAAUGCUAACUGCAUAUAGUUCUCAUUAGGAUAAUGAUUAAGAUGCAUUUCUUAAUAUGUGUCUUGUUAGAAUCUGGGAAACAUAGUCUGGCUAACAAACAUGAAUCUGUGAUACUGAAUUGUUUGGGAUGGCUUUGUUGCGGUCAAGCAGAUAGCUGGGUAAUUAGGGUGUUUGUAUUAUGUUUUGCUGACAAUGAUGUAGUUUCUCGCAAUAGCAUUAAAUGUUCCUUUAAAUAUGAAUUUGAAAAUUUGCUAAAAUCUGGUACGCAAAAGUGCUUUAAAAAUUUUGCCCUGACUUGCAGGGCAAUUUUAUAUGUCUAAAUAUGUUCCUUCUAAAACAAUGUUUUCUUCAUAUUUUGCUCUACAAGUCCAAAGAGUUGACAAAGAGAUGUCAAGCAGCAAAAUUUAGGAUUACGUAUUUUGAAUUAGCCACAAACCAAAUAUGAAGCACAACAUGCGUACACCUGGUUUAUUAUCUUUGUUAUGAUGUGCUUUGGUUUGUUGUUGUGUACCACAAGAGACAUGUCUUUAGGCAACUAAGCCAGUGACUCAAUGAGAAGGAGCACGAAAGGAAUAUAAGGUAGCUAUAUAGUAUGCUGCCACAGUUGAAUAAAAAUGGGGGGUUCAUAUGUCUGUCUGGCAAACCUGUUUAUCACAGUUAUUUGGUGAAAAAAUAAUAAUAAAUUGUAUGUACAUGA